UCAGCUCCCUGGCUCCUGAAACCGCUGGGUCAAAAGUAACCCCCUCCGAGCCCCGCCCUGUGCUCCUCAAGCGCAUGCGUCGCACAGGGGCGCCUUUUACGACGCGGCGGCCGCUGCGCGCUUGGCGGCCGGAGCGAAACGAGCGAAGCGCGGGUGGCCGCUGCGGCAGGGCCGAAGGGACGCGCGGGCGGCGGCGGCGUCGCCAUGUCGCACGGCCACAGCCACGGCGGGAGCGGCUGCCGCUGUGCCGCCGAACGGGAGGAGCCACCCGAGCAGCGCGGCCUGGCCUACGGCCUGUACCUGCGCAUCGACCUGGAGCGGCUGCAGUGCCUCAACGAGAGCCGUGAAGGCAGCGGUCGCGGCGUCUUCAAGCCCUGGGAGGAGCGGACCGACCGCUCCAAGUUUGUUGAAAGUGAUGCAGAUGAAGAGCUUCUGUUUAAUAUUCCAUUCACAGGCAAUGUCAAGCUCAAAGGCAUCAUUAUAAUGGGAGAAGAUGAUGACUCACACCCCUCUGAGAUGAGACUGUACAAGAACAUUCCACAGAUGUCCUUUGAUGAUACAGAUAGGGAGCCAGAUCAGACCUUUAGUCUGAACCGGGAUCUUACAGGAGAAUUAGAGUAUGCUACAAAAAUUUCUCGUUUUUCAAAUGUCUAUCACCUUUCAAUUCAUAUUUCAAAAAACUUUGGAGCCGAUACCACAAAGGUCUUUUAUAUUGGCCUGAGAGGAGAAUGGACUGAGCUUCGCCGACAUGAAGUGACCAUCUGCAAUUAUGAAGCAUCGGCCAACCCAGCUGACCACAGGGUCCAUCAGGUUACCCCACAGACACACUUUAUUUCCUAAGGGCUGGCCAAGGCUCCUACAGAGGCGUUGUGUCAGUGAAGAUAUGUGACAUCCUGUUGGGGAGGACAAAGAGAGAUGGGGCUCCAGAGAGAGUUGGCAGCUACAGCCUCUGCCAAGCUUUGUGUUUGGAGCUUGCUGCAGAAACCUGGCCUAUGGAAGACACCACACCCCCGGAAAGGCUUGUGUGGGCGCUGAGGGACAAUCGUGGUUCUCUAGGGGCCUGCAGAAAUUGGGUCUUGGGCUGGUCAGCGUCUGGUAGUCAUGGAUAAUGCCUGCCUUUCCAGUUAAUGUGGCCAUGGGAUUCCAAGUAUCUUGUUGCUUUGUGGCAGGAUUUUUGUGUGACUUUUUUUUUUCUUAAAGUGGAGACUAUUCCUGGGCUGCAUAAACUUUCUGAAGCCUCAGCAUUGUGUUUGUAUUAACCAUCAGGAGGGUUUCCAACUAGAAAUACUUGUCCCUGCUUGCUCCUUCUCCCUGUCAUCUUUCAACAUUCUUGUCAAGUUGCCCAGCUUGGAGUUGUCUGUCAUUCAGUAGUGUCCCAUGGUUAUAGCUAGAAGAGCAGGAAUCACCUGAUGAUGCUUAAUAGCUUGAGGAGAAGGUCUUUUUUCCUACUGCCCAGGUAAGCAGUCUGAGGCGAGCAAGGGCAUCAUUUCUGUGUUUGUGGGUAUGCUGGUCCGGGUGAGAUUGGGACUUAGGUAAGAUUCUCCUUGGAUAUCCUUAAUGUUUAUUAGCUUCUCACUAGUAUUGUAAGCCCAGUGGCAGAAUUUGGAAAUCUCAGUUCUUCUGUUCAUGGCUUUUUAUUCACUGUGAUUAAUAAGCUUCCUAAUAAAUCCUUGCCAGACUUAA